AUAAACCUAAUUUCAUCAUCUAAUCACCCUAACCAAUCAAAAUGCCCUCAAACUCCCUAUCCCAUGCCACACUAUUCCUCCUCCUCCUAACCCUCAACCCCACAUUAGCCAAGAACCACCACCACCACUCACCCGCCGCCGGCCGCCACGCCCAGAAAAAUGCGACGGCCAUCCGGCUCCGCCAGGCCUACGACGCGCUCCAGUCCUGGAAGCGCGUCAUCUACUCGGACCCGCGCCAGCUGACCUCCAACUGGCGCGGGCCCGACGUCUGCGCCUACACUGGCGUCUUCUGCGCCCCCCACCCCAACGACACCUCCAUCACCUCCACCGUCGCUGGCAUCGACCUCAACCACGGCGACCUCGCCGGAUUCCUACCUGAAUCCCUCGGCCUCCUCUCCGACCUCGCCCUCCUCCACCUCAACUCCAACCGCUUCUGCGGCGUCCUCCCCUCCUCCCUCGCCAACCUCUCCCUCCUCUUCGAGCUCGACCUCAGCAACAACCGCUUCGUCGGCCCCUUCCCCGCCGUCGUCCUCUCCCUCCCCUCCCUCCACUAUUUAGACCUCCGGUUCAACGAAUUCGAGGGCCCCGUGCCUAACCAACUCUUCAACAAUAAACUCGACGCAAUAUUCAUCAACAACAACCGGCUAACAUCAGUCAUCCCGGCCUCCCUCGGCUCCUCCUCCGCUUCCGUCGUCGUCUUCGCCAACAACCGCUUCUCCGGCUGCCUCCCACCGUCAAUCGCAAAAUUCGCCGACACAUUAGAAGAGCUUCUCCUCAUCAACAGCAGCAUUUCCGGGUGCCUUCCGGUGGAGCUAGGGUUUCUGUACAAGCUACGUGUUCUUGACGUCAGCCAAAACGACAUCGUAGGGGAGAUUCCGUACAGUCUCGCGGGGCUGGCCCACCUGGAGCAGCUCAACCUGGGGCACAACCGGCUGACGGGGGCGGUGCCGGAGGGGAUAUGUGCGCUGCCGAAUUUGGUGAAUUUUACCUUUUCUUAUAACUUUUUGUGUGAGGAGGAGGGGAUUUGUGGGAAUUUGACGGCGAGGGGGGUGGCGUAUGAUGACCGGAGGAAUUGCUUGCCGGAGAAGCCGCGGCAGCGGAGCAAGAAGGAGUGUGACGCGGUGAAGCCGGUGGAGUGUGUCGAGGGGGAAUGUGGGGGGAGGGAGCGUCAUGAUGGUGUUGGUGUUUCUGCAAGUUCGCCGCCGCGUUAGAUUUUGCGGCGGUGGUGGAAAUUGGAAGCAUCUGGAAAGUUCCAUUCGUGAAGGAGUAUGUGUAUAGUAAGUAUAGUGUAGAACUAGUAUGACUUAAUUUGUGUGAAUAUUGGAAGUACUAGUUUUUUUUUUCUUUAUUGUUGUGUGAGUAUUUGUUGAUUUGUGUGUAGUGCUUCUUUUGUUUGUAUUUGAUAAAUGAAUAAAAUUAUUGUUGUACAAAAUUUGAUCAAA